UUCAUUUUCUUCCUAUCGUAAGCCUUUCGCGACAUUGUUUUUCUAAUUUUUUUCUCGUGGAAGUUGGGUCAGUUUAAACAUGAACUACCUUACAGUUUUGGACGUCUGAAACUGUACACGUUUACGGUAGAGGAUGGCAUAAAUAUGUGAUGAUUUCUUCGCUGAAAACUCAAAACAAGAACACCUGGCGUAUUGCAACAGGGACCAAGAAGUCGACUGUGAGUGCGGAGCAUAAAUCAAAUCUGGGGUCGUCGCAACCUACGGCAAGAGAGUGAAAAGACUGAUUGUUCAAGCCACGUCUGUCGUAGGUUGAGGUCGCACAUAUCUACCGGAGGUAAAAGCUACAAUGACGACAAGGGGCAAGGACAAGGGGUGCCGUAUAUGUGGAGGGGCUCUACAUGGUAACCAAAGGCGAUGGCUGUUUGGAGGUCAGAGGAAGGGUGGUCAGCCACAAACUGCAAAUGAUUCCCACUCCAAAGGAAGUCUGGCGAGUUCUUCCUGGAGCAGCCCAUUGGGAAGCACUCUUUCACUGGGCUCAUCUCGCUCUCUCUCAAAGUCUCCCUCCCUGUCAUCCCUCACUAGAGGAGGUGACUUGCUUGCUAUUCUAACACACAUAUUAGGGCAUACUGUACCAAGGGGAGAUAGGCGGGGGGAGUUUUUGUGUGGGAAAUGUGUGUCGGUUUUAGAGAACAUAUUUAAAUUUGACACUGUCAUUGCUCGAGUCAAAGUCUUAUCACUGGAGAGGCUGCAGAAGCUGAAUCAGGAGAGGAACAAGGUCAGAACGUGGGUGUGCAGUGUAUACAGGCAGCACAACCCCCAGGAUCAGAAAAUGGGAGGGGGCUCCAGCGAGGAAGAGGAUGGAGAAGGAGGUGGUAGAGAGACAGGCGUAGGGGAUGGAUAUAAGGAGUUGCUGAGGAAAAAUAUGGCUCUGUCUGAAUUUGAAUGCUGGUCAGAAAAAUGGGACUCCUGUCCCUAUUUCAGGAGAACGGGUAAGAGAUGCAAGAAGGGCAAAAACUGUGAAGGGUGUGACUCUCUGAGGGUGUCUGAUUCGGACUAUGAGUCAGUAUGCGGAGUUCCCCGUCGCCUACCCUGUCGUUCUUUCUCCCCAUUGCCCCUCUCUCGGGAUAAAUCCCAAAGCAUGCCACUGCAGUGGUCAAGAGUAUCAUCUGUCAGCUCCAGUACACUCUCUCGGGGUAGCUCUUGCUUGUCCUUACCUGGGCCUUCUCAUGCGGACUCUGUCCAAUCCCUGGACUCGCUGGAUGGUAAUGACCCCUUCGAUUGGUCAGAGGAGCCCUCUGUUAACUUGGAAAAAAUGCUGAGAGAGUUAAAACAUAUAAUGGCCAGGCCAGUCAGCUCUCCAGUAGGGAGCCGGAUUCCAGUUUUGGACAGAAUGAAGAGAGGUCUUGCGGAAGGUGCAGCAGAUCCAUCGCAGAUGACAGUAGCCAGGGUGCUGAGUUUUGGAGAGGGGGAUGAUCUGGGAGAAGACGUGGAUGGAGAGACCAAAGAUGCUUUGACUGAAUUGAGAGAUGAAUUUAUCCCUUUACACAGAGAGAGAAAUUCAAGUCAGAUGCACAUUGCUAUCAGGCAGCUUAAAGCACAAUUGGAUCAAGCUCUUGCACAUAUCAAGACCCUGGAGUCACAACUCAAGAGUGCAAGCACACCUACACGGAGUGAAGGCGGUCAGUCAAAUGAAUGGACCGUGCCCCCACACAUGGACAGUGAGAAGAUGCUGCUUCAGACCAUGGGUGACACACUGCACUGCAGGGAGAAGGUCAUACAAGACUUUAUGGCUUGCAUCACUGAGCUGUGCAUUGGGGCUGGAGUCAGUGCAGACGUCAGCAACAGGCUGAUAGACGAACUGGCGAACACACUUAAAACCAUUCAGAGAGACUCUGAGCGAGCCCUGGAGUCCAGGUUGUUGGAGCUGAAAGAGAGGGAGCAGGGGAUGGAGAGAGAGAUGGAGGCUCUGAGACAGGCUGCAAGUGAGAGAGAGAGAGAUCUGAACAUGCUAAACACGGUGUUGCUGUGUAACCAGGACAUCAUCAAUGAGCUGCGGGUGGAACUGGGAGAACGGGACAAAGUGCAGAGGGAGGAGCAGCAAGAGACGGAGGUGCGGAGAAAGCGAGACCAGGCCAUGGCAGCCCUUCUGACGGAGAAAGAAACGCUCACUAGCUGCCUGAAGGAAGCGCUAGAGAGCUCUCGGAGAGAUGUUCAGGCUCUUUCAGACUCUGUGAUUGGCCAAGGGGUGUCGGGGGGUGGGGCUGAGGGUGCUCUGGCCUGUCAGCUCAAAGAGAAGGAGACAUUGCUUGCAGGCUGGCUGACAGACAGAGAGGAGGAGAGUGCUACUCUGUGGCAGGAGGUUACACGACUCACUGAAGUCCUGAACGACAGUGAGACACUGAUGCAGACGCAGAGAGCCAGUCACAGUGAGACCGUGUCCACACUAUCCGAGCAGCUGAGAGAUGCACAGGAGGCCCUGCGGCAAAGAGCGAGAGAGAGCAAGGAGACUGAGAGGAAGCGACAGAAAGAGAGAGAGGAGAGAGAAGGGGAGCUGAGGAAACUAAGGCAGAGUCUGGAGAAGAGGGAUGAGCUAAUACAGCAAGUUCUCUUGGACUCUGAGCAGCGGGACCAACAGCUUAUGGAACUGCAACAGAGAAUCCUGACCAAAACAGCACCUCAGACUGCCCUUAAACACACGCUAUGAGGGUGAGGGGAGCAAAGAUCCAGGGAAAAGUUGCACUACUUGCUAUGCACCAAGUAUUUGCUUCAAUAUGCACACACAGGCUAUUGGACUUGUUCCAAGUGUACGUUUUUCUGAAUGCAAUUUACUAUCAUGGGAUCUUAACACUUGCGCAAGAGAGAGGAUUGAUCACAGUUUUGCAUUCUGAAUCAAUAGUAAAGUUUCAAGGGGA